ACGGCGGUUGACGGAGAAACAAGGGCGGACGAUAAGUGAGAGAGAAUCAUCGGCAACUGCGAGCUCCGACUCCGAUUCCGACGCCGAUUCCGACUCCGACUCCGACUCCGAUCAUCUUAGAGGAACGGAGCCAUUACCUCGGGGAAGGUCCGGCCAGCAGCAUCGAAAAUUAGAUCUUCCACACAUAGGAAGGGGGAAAAGGGUUGUGUGUUUGUUGGGGAAGAUAUGUCUUUGAGAAUAAAGGCAGUUGUGGACAAGUUCGUGCAGGAGUUGAAAGAGGCGCUCGAUGCAGACAUACAAGAUAGAAUCAUGAAGGAAAGGGAAAUGCAGAGCUAUAUCGAAGAGCGAGAACGUGAGGUAGCAGAACGUGAAGCUGCUUGGAAGUCUGAGCUUUCUCAACGAGAGGCAGAGAUAGCUAGACAAGAAGCAAGGUUGAAAAUGGAAAGGGAAAAUUUGGAGAAAGAGAAAAGUGUGUUGAUGGGGACUGCGUCGAAUCAAGAUAACCAGGACGGGGCUCUUGAAAUCACGGUUAGCGGGGAGAAGUUUAGAUGUCUUAGAUUCUCCAAGGCAAAAAAGUAAAGAAAAAUGUCUUCCUUCUAUUAAGGUUAGUAGAUUAUAGAAAUUCUUGUUAUUGUAUUAUUGAAUUAUUACAAAUGAAUCAAUGAAACAAUAUCCUAAAUUUAUCUA